AUGAAGUGUAAUCGCUGCGAAGAAGUUAUGAACGUGGAGGAAGUUUUAUGCUACGGAUGUGAAGGAUCGUAUCAUUAUGCGUGUUCAAUAUCGGAACGUACACUAAGAGCGAGGUCAAAGGCUGAUAGACAAUCAUGGCGUUGUCAAUACUGCCGCGAUAAGAAUAAACCCUCGAAAUCCUCACAGGAAUCCAUAUCGUCCGAUUUGGGAACUGGGUUCUCGAGUCAACUGGACCAAUUAAGUGGUGAUAUUAAUCCGACAUUAAAGCAGUUUAUGGAACAGGUCGUUUCUUCCUUGCAAUUUAUGUCCAAUAAGAUGGAGGAACUAAGUUCCUCUAUGAACUCAAUCGCCAAAGAAAAUAAAGAACUAAAGGAUGAAAUAAAAACGCUGAACCAACACAUGGAGACCAAGGAUAAGCAAAUUGAAACAUUAACCGCGCGCGUCACGAAAUUAGAGCAAUAUAAAAAACGAAAAUUCAUAGAAAUUCAUGGGGUGGAUGGAGAUAAAUCAACUUCACCUGAAGAUAAGUUCAAAAUUAUCUCAGAAAAAAUAGGGUGUGAAGGGAUACCUUAUAAAACUGUGGAUCUCAUAAAUCUCAAAAGCUCCAAUAUUCUAUUAGUCAAACUUCACACCGUGGAAAAUAAGGAAAAAUUUAUUAAGAUGGGAAAAAUGUGGUGGAGAAACUUUUCUGAGGAGGAGAGAAAAACUACUAAACGUCUGUAUUUUAAUGAACAUCUCACACCUGAAAACCGACUGCUAUUUCGCGAAACACGGAAAAAAUCUGCCGCGCUUGGGUACAAGUAUACGUGGAUAAAAAAUGGACGCAUAUUAAUAAAAAAGGACGAUAGUGCCAAAGUGUUAAGUGUCAAUUCUGUUAAAGACGUAGAAAAACUCAUCUAA